UGCAAUGUUUUCCAUAAAAAAUCUGGCAAUUCUCUUAAUGUUUUUAAAUUUUUAAUGUUACUCAUUCGCUAACACUAGAACAAACCAAUGGUUGUGACAGUACAACAUGCAUACUACCAGAUUGUUUUUGCAUGAGCACAACUCCUCCGAUGGGCCUCAAUCCGGAAGAGAUUCCGCAAAUGGUAUUCAUGACGUUCGACGAUGCUGUGAGUAACUGGAUGUACCCUACCUACGAAAAAAUAUUUGGCAACAGAACUAAUCCCAACGGAUGCGACAUUGGUAUGACUUUUUUCGUAACCCACUUGGGGGGGACAAACUAUCAGUUAGUCAACGAAUUUUUCAACAGGGGCCAUGAAAUAGCAUCUCACAGUGUGAGUCAUAAAGACGAUUAUCCGUAUUGGAUGAAUAAUUCCAUUGCAUUUUGGGAAAGAGAGGCCGGCCGUCAGAGAGAAAUCAUAACCACUUAUAGCAAUAUUCCUAUAGAUCAAAUCCAGGGCUUUCGUACUCCAUACUUACAGACAGGUGGUGACGCAACUUUCACCGCCCUGCAAAAUUUGGGGAUAAAUUUCGAUUCAUCGUUAUCGACCAAAAAUUUUAUGGAUCCCCCCAUAUGGCCAUUUACAAUGGAUUACGGUGUUACUCACGAAUGCAUGGUACCUCCAUGCAGUGUUGAAACACAUCCUGGUCUAUGGGAUAUCCCCGUCAUUAAUUUUCAAAGCGGUGAAAAUGGUACCGUGUGCAACACGCCGGAUUUUCUCUGUUUCCCAUCUUAUGCCAAUCUAACAGCUUCGGAAGUUUUUGACUUCUUUAUGUUCAACUACGAGCGCUAUAACAAAACUAGAUCACCUUUUGGUAUUUAUCAACACAUUUAUUGGCUCGCCAACAGCCAGGAUGUCCUGCAAGGAUUCUUACAAUUCAUCGACUUUUUGCUAGGCCUUGACCAUGUUUAUUUCGUCCCAGUAAGCAAGGGAAUAGAGUGGAUUAGACACCCCCUGACGUUAGCGCAAAUGGUGAACAACGACGUUUUUGGUUGUGAUCCUUCGUCCAACAAUCGGGAGCCAGUGCCGUGCCCAGAGCCACAAGUUUGUUAUUACCCUGAAUCUGUUCCAGGAGGCGAACAAAACAUGGGAUCUUGUGUGCCUUGUCCUUCCGAAUAUCCUUGGCUGGACGUAUAGGCGACGUAAACCUUAAAAAACUAAUGAUCGUUUCGCGCUCCAAUUCUAAUGCAAUUGUUAGUCUUGACUUUGCUGUCUUUCCAGCCAACGCACAGAAUAUAUCUUGCCGUUAGUUUAGAAUUGUAAAAUAAUAUGUUGUUCAUUACACAGUUACUGUGAAAA